AUGUGCUAUAGUCGAUUUUCUCACGAUGUGUAUAUAUCAUGGCCAUCUAUUCCAUUACCACCUCUACCGUCUCUUCGAGAAAUUAUCCAAAUAUAUGGCCUUCGAGCCCGGAAGCAACUGUCACAGAAUUUUCUAUUACAACCGUCGUCUAUAAAUGGUCUUGUUAAAUGUGCAGGGAAUUUACGUAAUGCGUAUGUCCUUGAAGUUGGCCCAGGUCCAGGUGGGAUUACUCGAGCUAUUCUUCAGAAAUCUCCGCGUUACGUCGCAGUAGUGGAGCUAGACAGGCGGUUCAUUCCAGGUCUUCAGGAAUUACGGCUUGCUGCAUUAGAAAUGGGGACUCAAAUGGAAAUAUACAGACAGGAUAUUAUGAGAUUCAAUUGUGAAGGCGUUUUCCCUACGACUCCUAUGCGUGGUGCUGGGGCUUGGGACGAUUUUUCCGAGUUGAAAGCUGUACACAAUCAAGUACGUGUCCCAGAAAACCAAAACAUCACAGCUUUAGAAAUUACAAAUUCACCAAGAAUUUGUGUAAUUGGAAAUUUGCCAUUCAAUAUUUCCACUCCUCUCGUAUGUCAGUGGCUGCAUGAUAUUUCAGAAAGACGAGGAAUUUGGAGGUAUGGAAGAGUCCCCUUAAUAUUGACUUUCCAAAAAGAAGUUGCUGAACGACUUGCCGCAGACGUAUGGGAUACACAGCGUUCUCGCUUGUCAAUUAUGUCUCAAGCUUACUGCAAUGUUGAGUACAUAAAAGAUAUUCCUGGCACUGCUUUUUUACCUGUACCAAAGGUGGAUGCUGGUAUUGUACGUUUGACUCCUUUACAACAACCUCUCAUUCCUAUACCGUAUCCAUAUGUUAACAAAUUGGUACGCCAAGCAUUUCAUUUCAGACAAAAACAAAUUGUCCGCUGUCUUGAGACACUGUUUCCUUCUAAUCGACCUGAAUUAGUUAUUCAGUUAUUCAAGGAAGCUGGAGUACAGCCGGCCAAACAACCCACACAGUUGACAAUGUCAGAAUUUCGAGACUUAUGCUUUGUGUAUCAUCGUAUAUGUCAAGUUGAACCGAGUAUAUUCGAUUUCGAUUAUCAGGCUCGAGAAAACUUACAUCUGUGGUAUAAUCGAAGAAAAAUUCAACGUGAGAUCUUGGGAGGUACAACAGGUAUCACAGCCCGUCGUCUGCGUCAUGAAAUGUACUCAUGAAGUCAAUAUUUGAAGUAUUCUAUCAUUUUCAAAUUUUGUAUAUCUGGUCAAUCAAUAUAUAUUAACUGUACAAAUUGUGAGAUUUUCCCCUCUUUCUUAUACUCUACUGAGAAAGUCUUGAUUUUCGCAUUUUUGUAA